GUGCGUUGGGAAAGUCGGUCCGUGACGGAAUCAAAGCUUCUCACUUUACUUUCUUUCCAGCGCGCGCGCGCUCCCUCUGAAGCGCACCUGCAGGGAGAGCCGCGGAAAGUUUACAGCUCCUAUUUUCUCACCUAUAUUAAAGCUGGUUGAGAUAGAAACUCCUCCUCGUUUGUCUGUGUGUGUGUGUUCAUGCGUGCGUGCGUGCGUGCGUAGGCGAAAGGGAAACCCAUGACUUCCGUGUAUUGCCUCCCCGUGAGAGAGCGCACGCGCGCUUGGGGAGGAUAAAAACUCCUAUAGAUCGUGGAGCCGCGACACUCUUCUUGAAGCUCCUGGACUGCGCAGUCGCGCCACGCGUGGACCUGCCGCUGCAGCCGCUCACACCGCGCGCAGAGGGAUCGUUUCUUGGAGCUGGGACGCACGCAAUCAUAUUUUAUUCAUGGGACGCCAGGAUAAAGAGGUGGACGAGGAGUCGCUCCAGACCCGAGACCGCGCCAGGGCCAGAUGGAUGGACGUGUUCCUGCUCGUGUCCGUCCUCAUCUUGUUUCUGGCGGUGACGGCUCUGGCCGUCGGGGAGUACGUGGUGGUGUCGGAGUUUGGCUCCAGAACCGCCCGGGUCAGCGCUGACAGUAGCCUCUCCAAGCAGACCCCAGACGCGCCGGCAGCAGCCUUUAAGAUGGACAACUUUGCAUACGUGGAACCUCUGCACUCCGUCUUGGAAAACAAGACUAUGACGUGGCAUCAGUUCAACUAUGGGAAAGGCACAUCCGUCGGAAGCAAAUUUGACUUCAACAAAGACGAUCAUUCCCUGAGGCCGCUCCAGGCCGGGGCCUACUUCCUUUACCUGGAAGUCAACCUCACCUGCACGGGCAAAUGCCACAACCUUCAUCUCAGCCUGAACGUGGACGACAAGCUCCUCUGCAAAGUGGAUCUGAGGAAGGACCAGAGGUCUGUGAGCCAUAAGUGCUGGACGGUGACGCAGCUGGAUGGAAAAGCGCUGCUUACUCAGAUGAGAGUGUCGAGUAUAGACGUAUCUCACUGGAAGCUAGAGAAGAAAGGCUCGGGACUUGGAAUGUUCCUUAUUGGCUGAUACAGGCUGGAGAGGGGGGCGUACCUGUGACCUGUUCGUGGUAGCUCACCUGCAGACUUGAACACAGGUGACCAUGACGAUAAAGUAGCCGCCCGCAAGGGCUGCUUGGAACCAAAGCAAGUGCGUGCAGAGGUUUCUUCCAAGUAGAAAACAACCACGGCAGGUUUUUAAGGUGGAUUUCCAGUUCAAAUUCAGUCAUCGUAAAGCAAACUGGAGAAAAAUAGAAAAAUAACCUUUUUUUAAUUGUAAAUUCUUUUAAAAAAUCGUAUUUUUAGUCUAUUUAUUGAAUGAGCUGUAGUUAUUUAUGCAUGUUUAUGUUUAACUGUUUUCUGUGAAAAUGGGUUUUCAACGUAGAUGUCACUACAUUUCUGUCAAUGUGCAAUACACGGUGAUAGAUUAUAAAUCUAUUUCCAUGACACCAAAAGCUGCAACAUCGAGUUUUCUGUGGGCAGGAAACCCUCAGCAAGCCCAUCAUCGCUUUCUUUUGACUGUCUUUGCAGUAAAAGGAGGUUCAAGCGAGUGCUGAGGGCAAACAGAAAGAAAUGUCUGCAUAUUGGAUUUGGAUUUAAAGCUAAAAAACUAUUUUAAUAAUAAUGUACGUCAUGGUGUAGACCAUGUACGUACGGAAUAAAAUGUACGUCCUGUGGACAGUCUUCUCAGAGCUGAAUGUAUUGGAAGUGUAAUUUAUAUUAAACUCAAUUGUGGUCAAAAGAAAACAGCUGCUUUUUUAUUUGGUGUUUUAAAGACAUGAGGCCUGCUGUUCGAUGAGGUAUUAAGGUGGAAUAAAUGAUUUGUUUAGAGAGAAGGGGAAAGUUCCCUGUCAUAUAUGGUGCAGAGCGGGAACUGGACGUUUUUCACAUCCUGUUUAUUUGUCAUGUGGUUUUAGAAAAAAUAAGCUGUGAGCCUGCAAACAAAUAUGCAUCUCCUGCAUUAAUAAAUUCCACAUGUUAACAAAAAUGUACAUUU